AUGCACGACUAUCUCAAGCAGCUCAACCACGUGUUCACAUCACCAACGUUUCCAAACAUCCUCGCAGUAUUCGAAAAGGACUCGUUCAUCCGCUUCAACAUGAUUUACAUCUCUCCGAUAACACUUCCGCACCUCAAGGCCAAGCUUGAGAACCUGGGCAUGCUCUCGUGGGAGAUAACACCGACAGGCAUAAAUUUCUUCUUUGUUGAUUUCCAGCUGCAAUUCCGCGGGCACCUAACCGUGCAUCGCAUGCAGCGCGUCUUCGCCGUUGAGCUGGACUUUGAGCCGGUGAUAAGCCGCACAGAGAGGAGCAGCAUUCUGAACGAGCUGGAGAGCUACCUGAAGGGAUGCGAUAGCGUGUUCUUCAUGAGCUACUUCAUCAACUCGGACUACGAGAUUCUUAGCAACUCGCUGGCCAACUCGGUUUCCUAUCUUGGAAGGCGGGUGGUGGAGAAGCGCAAAGAGGGCGAAAAGAUGUAG